AUGAGCAUGCAGAGCCCACCGCCUCUGGAUGAGCUGGUCCAGCAGAGCCUGCUGAAGAGUGAGACCAUAGCCAGAGCUGCUCUGCAUGACCUGCCCACCUUGAGCUUCCAUGACUUAUUCAUGAACGCCUUCAUGGGGGAACACAAUGAGGUCCUGAAGGCUAUGGUGCAGGCCUGGCCAUUCCCCUACCUCCCUCUGAUGACUCUCAUGGAUUUGUGGAAAAAGAAGACCCCACAUGUUCAGUUUGGAGAUAUCACACCACAACAGAGAAACCUAAGUACCCUGAAAGCGCUACUGGAAGGACUUGAUAGACAGCUGUCAUGGAAGGCUCACAAGAGCAGGUGGAAACUGCAGGUGCUGGACUGGAGGGAUGUACACCGGGACUUCUGGACUGGGGGGCCCAGAGCUGUGAGUGCAGCCCUCUCAGCAGUUGCCAGGAGUAAGGAAAUGGGCAAACCUGGGUUAAGUGAUAAGAAGCCGAACUUAACAAUACUCACACACCUUUGUUUCAAAGCCUGGUGUCCGACUUGUUCCACACAUGACACAUUGCAGCUCUGCCUGUUGAAGUGGGCCAGGCAGAGAAAAGCUUCAGUGCACCUGUACUGUGAGAAGGUGAUGAUCAAGUCCUGUGCUGGCUUUAAAAUCCUCAAGCUUCUGCGAGCUGUGCGACUGGACUCAAUCCAUGAGCUGGGUGUGUUUAGUUACUGGGAUGAAAAAAGAAUGAAAACAUUUGUUCCUCAGCUCAAGAAGAUGAAGAACCUUCACAGAUUGCAUUUCAGCAGCCUGAGGCCAAAAUUACUUAAUUCAGCCUCAAAAAACAACUGGUAUUCCCUCAUGUAUGCUUUACACCUAGGACAGCUGCAAAAUCUCCGGGAGCUUCAUGUAGAUGACCUCUUCUUCCUGGAGGCAAAUCUGCAUAAGAUCAUCAGAAGCCCGAUCCACUUGGAGGCCCUCUCCGUGAGUUCAAGUCCACUGAAGGAAUCUGACCUGAAGCAUCUGUCCCAGUGUGCAAGCACAAGCCAGCUCAAGUCCCUGACCCUGAGGAGGAUUUCAAUGAAGGGGUUCAAGCCUGACACCCUCCAGGUUCUGCUAGACAAACUGGCCAGCAACCUGGAGACCCUGGUCCUACAGCACUGUGACCUCAUAGACUCCCAGAUCCUUGCCAUCUUACCUGCCUUGAGCCUCUGCACCCAGCUCAAGACUUUCAGUUGCUAUGGGAACCACUUUUCCUUGGGCACCCUUCAGGUCCUGCUGCACCUCACUGCUGGACUGAGCCAGUUGUCCCAGGGGCUGUAUCCUGCCCCCCUUGAGAGCUAUGAGUCCAAUGUUCCAGCACAGUUUGUGUACCCUGAGCUAUUCGCCCAGGUCCGUGCAGAAUUGACACAGGUUCUGAAGGUGCUAAGACCAUCUCUUAGGGUCCAGACCUGUACCUACUCCUACAACAUUUGCAUGAUGUACCAGUACUAUAGCCUGGAUCCCAGUGGGGACUGGGAAGUCACAGAGGAGCAUCGCUAUCAAAGUAACCUUAGGUGCUACAAUUGUGUGCAUUCCCAACACAGUGAAGGUAUUUUCUUCAUCUAA